AUGUGGAUUCGUUCUGCUUGCAGCUAUAUCGGCCUGCUGCAGAAGGUGGUGAGUCGCGCCAUAUCCGUGUUGCUGGCCUGCAACACCGUCAACAUCUGCUUCAAUAUCAUCGCGACAGUGGCACUGUUGCAGGAAGACAUUGAGGUAGUCGGAAUGACCAAGAUGGUGGUGGGGUCGGCGCUCUAUGCCUACCAGACGGCGAUCUUGUGUCUCCUAGGGCAGAAGAUCACAACAGAGAGCGAGCGCCUGUUGGCGUCCGCCUACGGCAGCCGCUGGUGGGAAGGCGACAGCCGCUACCGGAAGCUGCUGCUGAUCUUCUGCCAACGGUCCUCGAAGGCUCUCUCCAUCAGGGUCUGCGGCCUCUACUCGCUUUCCAGGGAGACACUCCUCCAGGUGCUGAAAGCUGCCUACUCACUGUUCAACUUUAUGUACCAGGCAGCCGAGACGGGUAAUCAUUAA